AUGGACGAGAAGAUGGACGACGGUCUCAAGAUCCAGCACAUGAACGCACCUCCGUCGCCAGAUUCUCUGCACGUAGGCCAUCACGAGUAUAAGCAGAGCAACUCUUCAGCCGGCACAACCAUUCCAUACCCGGACGGACAAAUACACGAUGCAGAUGUCAAAGGCUCACCUGUACCAUACGCCGAGCAUGGAGUACUGAUCGAUCGUACCCGUACCGGUCUCAAGAAGAAGCCAUUGAAUUCUGGUCUAAGAUGGCCACGGAUACGACGGAUAUUUCGAGAGCCAUUUUCUGAAUUCAUGGGAACGUUCAUUCUGAUCAUGUUUGGCGAUGGUGUCGUUGCACAGGUCGUCCUAAGUAACGGCACAAAGGGCGACUAUCAAUCGAUCUCCUGGGGAUGGGGCAUCGGGGUCAUGCUCGGCGUCUAUGCCUCAGGGAUCUCAGGAGCACACAUCAAUCCGGCGGUCACCUUCGCCAACUGCCUGUAUCGAAAGUUUCCCUGGCGAAAGUUUCCGAUAUACAUGCUUGCACAGGUCCUGGGUGCUAUGUGCGCGGCAGCAGUCGUCUAUGGCAACUACAAGUCGGCCAUCGACACUUUCGAGGGCGGUGCGGGAAUCAGGACUGUACCAGGAUAUUCGCCGAACGCAAGCGCUGGCAUCUUCUGCACCUACCCAGCGGCCUUCAUGUCGAAUACUGGCCAAUUCUUUUCCGAAUUCAUAGCUUCGACCUUGCUCAUGUUCUGUAUCUAUGCUCUAAAAGACGACGGCAAUAUCGGGGCUGGUAACCUGACACCGCUUGGCUUGUUCUUCAUCAUCUUCGGUAUCGGAGCCUGUUUCGGGUGGGAGACAGGCUAUGCCAUCAACUUGGCUCGAGAUUUUGGUCCUAGGCUGGUCUCCUACAUGAUCGGCUAUGGUCCAGAUGUGUGGCGAGCGGGCAACUACUAUUUCUGGGUCCCGAUGGUGGCGCCAUUCUUUGGCUGUGCAUUCGGCGGCUUCUUGUACGAUCUGCUGCUAUUCACUGGCGAGAGCCCGAUCAAUACGCCAUACCUGGGUCUCUACCGCUUCAUCCCUGGCAUGAGGCAUAUGUACGAUGGUGUCUCAUUCAACCCCGAGGACGUCAAGGAAGACGAUCCUGUGUAA